CUCUCUUUCUUUCUUCACGAGAGCAGAGUAUCGUUGCUCUGUUCUUGUAUCUCUAACUCCGACGAGUUUGUUCUGAGGGUGGUGUGUGAUUCCGAAUCUACAUCCGCUAAGUUCUGGUUCACCUUCGAUCGCGUUUCUUGAUCGCUUUUGAGUUGGAGUACGAGUCGUGAAAUCAUGAGUGAGAUCGUGAGAGUUCAAGAGAUCAGUUCCAAGUCUGAACACCUAAAGAUAGCGUCCAAGAACUGCUUGAAUCAGAUUACUAUCAUAUCUAAUGUUUCUUCUUCUGAUCGCUCGUUUCAGUCUAAUGGAAGCUUCAAAGACUUCGUUUCUGUGUUAUUGGCUCGACGUGACAGUUACCGUAUAAGGAGGUUCUCUUUGAAGCUGCGGUCAAUGGAUUUUGAUUCAGUUACGUACAAUCUUGUCAAUGAUUGUGUACGCAAUGUGUUGAAUCGACGUGUUUUGGAUCUUGAACUGGACGUAAAUGUCAAUGAAGGUUACGCACUGCCAUCUGAAGUCUUCACUUGCAAGAAAGUUGCGAAAUUGAGACUAGGGUCUGGUUUUGUUAUUGAAAAUAUCCCUAAGAACGCUCUGCUUCCAGCUCUGAAGACCCUCCUUCUUGAUAAAGUUCGGUUCAAUGAUACUAAUGGUGAUUGUGCGUUUACAAGGCUUAUUUCUGCUAGCCCUGUGCUCGAGGAGUUAGUCAUAUACAGGAACGACAGUGAAGAUUGGAAAUGGUCUCGCAUUGUGGUUAGCCAGAUCCUUAAGAGACUUACUUUUCGAGGUGGAGGUUGGAGAGAUCAUAGUGGAUGUAGUUUUGAGCCUAUUAGCUUUGAUACUCCGAGUCUUGAAUACUUCGAAUACUUUGAUAUUCUCCGAGAUGAGUAUCCAGUUGUUAAUCUCAACUCACUUGUUGAAGCUAAGAUAGAACUUUUUUUUUUUCUUGGUGGUGAUCACUACGAUGCUAGGAAUCUGGUGAAGGCCUUAAAAAAUGUUCGGAUUCUGAGCGUUGGCGCUGUUGACACAAUGCAUGUGUUUAAUACCUUCAAAAAAAAAGUACCAGUGUUUGAAAACCUGAAUCAUUUAUCAAUUAGCACUGAAUUAGCUUCUGUCUGUUGGGAUGCUGUGCCAAUUCUGCUUGAGAAAUCUCCAAAUCUGAAGACUCUCACCGUUGAGGCUUUGCAUUACAAUACUCAAGACCGUGGGGAUGUGAGCUCUGUAUGCAAAUGCUUGGAUGGCUAUUAUUUCCUAUCGUCAUGCCAUAUUAAGGUUCUAAAGAUAACAAAGUUCAAGGGAGAUAUCGGAGAGAUGGUGCAAAUAAAGCAUGUAUUGGAGAAAUUGCCGCGUCUUGAGCUGUUGGAACUUCAUAGUCAGGCAAGCAGAAAUGACUUAAAGCUGAUGAUCAUGAUGCGUCUCCUAAUGCUUCCUAGAGCUUCGUCAAAAUGUAAAGUCAAGGUCAAGUUUUCUUGAUCAAACAUCAGUUUGUUCCCCUCAACAUGAUCUUCCAUAUCUUCUGAUAAGAGAAAACAUGAGAACUGGGUUUGUUUAAUUAGUGUCUUUC